GCGAUCCUCCAGCCUCAUCCUCCCAAAGUGCUGGGACUACAGGUGUGAGCCACCAACCCAGCCCCUAAUUAUUUCUAAUAAAGCAGAGCAAAUCUGCUUUUGAUUAUUCUCUCAAACACUACCAACUCCCUCUCUAUUGCUGUCGUACAUACUUCUCAAUAGUAAAUAUCCAUUUUUCACGUACCCCAAAUAAAAGCUCAGUUUUGUGUACACAAAUACUGUAUUUGUCAUAGAUAUGUAAAAUAUGCUAUUUUUGUCCUAGUGUACCAAGGAAGUAUUAAAUAAUUAGAAGUACACUACAGAAAAGCACUAGUUCAUAUCUCCCUGAUAGUGCAAUAUAUGGAGUUAUUUUCUAGAUCUAAAGAGCAUGGGACUCCACAUAUGAAAUGGCUACUCCAUCCAUUUUCUUCUCUGCUUCCUUGUUAUAAAGCUGUUUCUUUGCGGAGGCAGUACCAAUACAGAGGCUGGGGUUAGGAGCUUUGAGAUGGACAGUUGGUGUUUCCUCAAUCUUAAAGCAUCAGACAAACGCAAUUCACACACUCCCUGUCAGUCAGAUUGCCACCCUAGCCCCCUCCUAGGUAAAAAUUCUGGAGCCGGCACAGCUUACUUAUUUAUAGCAAGUUAAAGCUGAAAAGAAUUUCAUUAUCUUGGACUUAAAUUUAUCUUAAUUCCCUCUUGCUCACAGACAUUCCACAUCAGAUUUAGAUCCUUUCCUUCUUGGCUGAACACCAAAGCUUUGUCCUUUUCACAGGAUAAACUCCUAAUUGCCAAGAGUCUUAAUUCCAUUGACCUGAUUUUAUCUGUUUUAAGAGUUGUGCAAAUAUUUCUAUGGAUAUUUCUGGUAAACUAUUAACAAUUGAUUGGCAGAACUCUAGUGUUCUGAUAUGCUUAUUCUGUAGCCACCAGACCUUCAGAGCACAUUCACCUGCAAACUUAUAUUGUUAGAAAAUUCCUGAAAAAUGAAAGACUCAAAAUCAUCUUGAUUGAGGCUGAGUAUUAAGGGCUAGCCUCAAUAAGUCAGACUUUUAGGCAAUUUCAUCUUAAAAUUCUCAUGUGUCUGGUGAAAUAGCCCAAACCAAAACUGCCAAAGUAAGAAGGUUAAACUGCUGACCCUGGGACACUGUCCUUUAUUACUUGGCUGACCAAACCAUUCCAAUUUGCUCAGGACCGGAGCAUGGGACUGUCAGUGCUAAUAUCAGGGAAUUCCAGGGGAAACAGAGUUGAGUUGUUCACCCUCUCGACUACUCAUUAUCUUGGAUGCUGCCUGCCUGCCUUGUGUCUGCUCUAGCAGGUCAUUUAUGCAAGGGGCCAGCCACACUGGGAAGAAAAGUGCUGCCAUCUUUGAGUUCUCUUGUACCAAAUCAAGAUAAUCAAAUCUGAGCCUGCUACAGAAUUCAUCCACCUUCUCUAACCUAGAUACAGAUUGUAGCUUCUUCUUAGAGACUUUAUGGCUUCUUAUAGGAAUUGCUGAAGGCUGAAAGAUCUAAAAAAAAAAAAAAAAAAAGUUUCAGAAUCCGAAACAGUCAAGACUCCCUUGAUUUAGUUCAGAUGGAAAAAGGCUCAUCUCUCGUAUGCUGUACAUUCUUUAAAACAAUCAAUUCCAGUGUCCAAAAAUGUAUGACCCUUAUACUGCACUAUUCAUCAUACCGAGUUGAUUCUUCAGGGCCCACUAUGUCUCCAAAAAAGCAAAGGAAGUAUGUACUACAACUGAUCCCAUCACAUGGUGCCAAAUCCGGCACAUGUGAAUGGCGAGUGGGCCUUGGCUCCACAUGUAAGUUCCUGUUUGGAGUCACCCCUCCGUGUCAGUCCUUCCCAGACUUGACUUCAGAAUCCACCUGGGUCCACCAUUCAUCCUUAACUUUUAACUUAAACCUAAUUCACUUUACAGGACUUUCAUGGAAUCAGAUCUACUUUUAUACUCCUUCUCAAUGUGUGGUUGACUGAAAAUUGCUCCAAUCUCCAGGAGCAGGAAAUGGGCCUUGUUUCUUAGAGAGUGUAGCCAACUUUUAUCAGCCUCUCAUGUUUUACUGACCCUGUGAAUGCAGAGUUUGCCAAUUUUGAUCUCAAAUCUUCUUUUUCUCAGCCUGCUUCUCAGCAUGCCCUCCUUCACUAUGAUAGCACGCUUUGUACUACAAAAUAGUAUACGCUUUGUUGGUAAAAUAUAAUUAAGACAGUAAACUGACUUGGAAAGUAUAUUCUGGAGGGUAAAUAAGAAUUCUUCCUAAACUCUCAGUGCCAGUGUUGUCAGCCGGCGACGUGGAGAGUUAAGACCUGACUACUGUUUAUACUUUUCUUUGUCUGAAGCAGCAGUGAGUGAAGUGACUGGCUUUAGAAGCCCAGUCUUCUUCAGCAGCAUCAAGAAUACUUCCCUGCAAAUGGAGUCUCCUUGGGAGCCUGAGCUUUAGGGUCAGAAUUUAUUAGAUGGUGUAAUGUUUACUCAGGGAAAGUAUUUUCCUGAGUUUAUAAUGAAAUCUUCCCCUUCAUGAAAAUCUUGAAAGCUGUCACUCAUACAGAGUGUAGUAUGAGUAGUCCUUGUAGACUUGAUUUUAUGCAUGAUUGGUUGGGAAUGAGAAGCCAGUGCUGUUGCUACCCCCUGACUGUUGGUGUUCAGGCUGAGAAGUACCCUCUACCAACUACCAAGGGCUGGGAGCUCCUCAGAGGCCUCCAUAUGCUGGAGCUAGCUGCCUGCAGUGUAGUAUCACGGUGAGCCAUGCAAAUGAGUCAGCCAUUGUGGCAGCUUGUCAACCACCCGAAGGCUGCCUGGCAUCAGUUUCUAAUCAUAGAGUGAGGGCUCUGGGUCAGCGUGGGUGCAUGGCAUCAAGCCAGACAGCUUAACUUCUGAGGUAGCCAUUAUAAGAGUCUGUAAUCUGAAACAUUUGGGAACCCCGCCUGGAGGUCAGUGGUUGAUCCAGACCAUCUGUGGCCUCCCAGGAAGGGAGAGAUUUGUGAGAAACAGCAGGUUAUAUGUUUUUCCACCCUUCCGCUGAGUACUAAUGCCAUUGCCAUGACCAACCUGACUUUCCUGUGAUAUGUAGCACCAAAUCCUCCCACUGGCAAAACUCUGAACUGGUGUUUACAGCCAGAUCACAAAAGCUUGAACAGUUUGCUUUACAGGACUUGCAUGGAAUCAGAUCUACUUUUAUUAUACCCAGAAACUCCAGGAGUGCUUUUAUUAAUGUAAAGCGAGAAACUCCACAAAUGAUUUUUAAAGUGUUGAAGCCUGCCAACCCAUAAUAGUAUGGACUUUCCCUUCCUUGGGAUUUGAAUAAAGGAAGAUUCUUCUCAGUGAAUGUGUAUACAUAGAAAAUUAGUCAAGUAGUAAUACUUAGUAACCGGCUCUUCCAGUCUGUUCACCAUCUGUAUACCAUACUCAGCCCCUCCUAUAUCACUCAUAGUACUUUGUCUCACAUUUCUAUCUUCUCUACGGAAUCCUCAGGCCUUCUCGAAUCGUAGCUCUUUUAGCAUCCCCUGACUUUUACCUGUCUCUGUAUCAUUGGCUCUUACCGAAGGACAGGGGUGGAAACAAUAACUUUCCACAUGUGUAUCUCUCGUCAUGCUUCAACUGUAUUCUAGAGGCUUAAGGACAGAGACUGUCUAAAAAUUCUCUGUCUUCCCUGUGGGCGCUGCUUCUCAUAGAAUCAGUACACACUAACUUUAGUAGAGUCUUUUGGUAGGAACAUGUGAUUGACAGAGUAACUCAGGUAAGUGAUAAAGGAGUUCAGAGAAAGAGGAGAUAUAGCUGUGGUGGCUUGGAUGAUGAGGUCUUGCAUAAUCCUGAAAGAUUAGUUGGCUUUGGAUAGAUGGGACAGUAGGAGACAAGGCACAGAUGUUGGUGUGAACAUAAACCAGUAAAAUCGGUUAUUUAAACAAGCACCCAUGGCAGAAAAAUGGCUUUGCUGCCCAAGCCAGCACUUUCACCCAUUCACCUUUGUCCUUUUGUCCUAUGGGCCUUCCACCCAGGCAGCAAGAUAGGAAGGUGGCAGGCCUUGCUGUCAUUGGCACAUAAUCACAUUGUCACUGCUUUGCCCUGACCACAGACGCUCUGUUCUUAUCUCCCAGUUCCAUGGAUCUUCAUUUGGCUGGACUUUGAUUAUCUCUCUUGUAAUUCCCAAAAGUGACCUUGGUGCUGCUUGCAUCGUGUUUGGCCCUGCCACCCAGUCUGCCCUUUACUAACAGUGCCCUUUGAUUUUGUUUGCUAAUGGACUUUGGGUCCCAUCUCUGGUCUGAUCUCUACACUUGCUUCCUGGCCAUCUCCUUGCAAGGUCCCUAUGCCAUGAUCUGGUGAGCUGAGAGCUGUCUGAUUGUAUCAGAGAGCCCUAGGGUCAAUGGGCAGAGGAAGAGGAGAUCAGAUCAUGAGGAAUCUCAAAAUCCUGGAGAGGAAGAGUUUGGGCUUGAUCCUGUGAACACUGGUGAUACAUUCCACCGUUGAUCUGGGGGAAAAGUGGACACAUCCAGACAGCCUUGUAUGGGAAGAUGGGAAGGGUGAGGUCGCCACAUCCUUACGGGCACCGGAAGUUCAUCACCAUGUCUGAUGGAGCCACUUCUACAUUCGACCUCUUCGAGCCCUUGGCUGAGCACUGUGUUGGAGAUGAUAUCACCAUGGUCAUCUGCCCUGGAAUUGCCAAUCACAGCGAGAAGCAAUACAUCCGCACUUUCGUUGACUAUGCCCAGAAAAAUGGCUAUCGGUGUGCCGUGCUGAACCACCUGGGUGCCCUGCCCAACAUUGAACUGACCUCGCCACGCAUGUUCACUUAUGGCUGCACUUGGGAAUUUGGAGCCAUGGUGAACUACAUCAAGAAGACAUAUCCCCUGACCCAGCUGGUCGUCGUGGGCUUCAGCCUGGGUGGUAACAUCGUGUGCAAAUACUUGGGGGAGACUCAGGCAAACCAAGAGAAGGUCCUGUGCUGCGUCAGUGUGUGCCAGGGGUACAGUGCACUGAGGGCCCAGGAAACCUUCAUGCAGUGGGAUCAGUGCCGGCGGUUCUACAACUUCCUCAUGGCCGACAACAUGAAGAAGAUCAUCCUCUCGCACAGGCAAGCUCUUUUUGGAGACCAUGUUAAGAAGCCCCAGAGCCUGGAGGACACGGACUUGAGCCGGCUCUACACAGCAACAUCCCUGAUGCAGAUUGACGACAAUGUGAUGAGGAAGUUUCAUGGCUAUAACUCCCUGAAGGAAUACUAUGAGGAAGAAAGCUGCAUGCGGUACCUGCACAGGAUUUAUGUGCCUCUCAUGCUGGUUAAUGCAGCUGAUGAUCCCUUGGUGCAUGAAAGUCUUCUAACCAUUCCAAAAUCUCUUUCAGAGAAACGGGAGAACGUCAUGUUUGUGCUGCCUCUGCACGGGGGCCACCUGGGCUUCUUUGAGGGCUCUGUGCUGUUCCCCGAGCCCCUGACGUGGAUGGAUAAGCUGGUGGUGGAGUAUGCCAACGCCAUUUGCCAAUGGGAGCGUAACAAGUCACAGUGCUCUGACACGGAGCAGGUGGAGGCCGACCUGGAGUGAGGCCUCUGGACUCUGGCACACUCCAGCAGCCCUCCUCUGGAAGCUCUGUCCCCUCACCCCGUUUCAGGUCUCCCAUCUCCCUGAGUGACCUGGAUCUGACCUCACACCAUCAGCAGGCGGCACCCACCAUGCACACCUGUCUCUGAGUAGGCAGCUCUUCCUGGGAGCUCCAGGCUAUUUUUGUGCUUAGUUACUGGUUUUCUCCAUUGCAUUGUUAGCCAUGGUGACAAGCGACAGAGUUCUUGCCCUCUGUCCAGUUUCAGCACCAGGUUGCUUUUAAGCCAAGUACAUCUAGUUUCUCUACUUAAAAAUGUGUCUGAAUAGUAAUUUCGCUUUGCCGUCAAAAGGCUUUUCCCUGAGAACAGCGAAGGAUGUAUGUCAUUUUGUGAUGGUUUUAUGUGUCCUUACAUAGACCUUAAAAAGAGCUCACCCUUCCAGGCCAAUGCUGAAGACACAGCUCAGCUUGGAAGCCUGAGAAGCUGGGCUUCCCAGGCCAGAGUGUGGCUUCUUAAAUGGCAAACGAAAUUCCUUUGAGUCACAGGCCAAGUUUUUACCCUGUCUUCUAAAACCAUUUCCCUACACUUUGCUGCUGCUGCUGAGAGUUAUGUGGGGCACUUGUUAAAAAUUCAGCCUCCCAGGUCCCUCCCCUCGGAGCGGCUAAUUAAUUGGGUCUGGGAAGGAGCCUGGGGAUUUUAAUUUUUGACAGCUGCCCCAGGUGAUUCUCAUCACCAGGCAAACUUUGAAAAUGGUGUUCAAUGGCGCCCUUAAAUUGGAAACAUCUUCUUAGCUCAUUUUAUUGAAAUUUGUAAUCCCAAGGCCUCCAGAGCAGCAAGGCCGGCCAUGGAGCUGCCAUUGUGUGACCACAGUGUGAUGUCUCAGAAGGGCUCUGGGUGGCUGAGCAUCUGGGCUGUGCCCUGGCUCUGCUUUUCACCCUGGACAAAGUCCCUGGGGACUUUGGUUUCUUUGCCUCUAAAAUGGGGGACUUGGACCAGGUAGAUUGCUGAGCGCACUACCAGGUUCAAAGUUCAAUGACAAACUCAGUUUACUGAGAUUUGAGAGAACAUCCCUCCAGAGGAACCUGGGAGCUGCUCUCCCAGUCUAAGCAUGUAGAUAUCAUCAUUUACCUUUUUUUUUGUCCCUUAUUUGAUAAAAAGAUGUUUUGAGGUUUUUUUUUAAGCACUCAAUUGUCAUUUUAGUUUUUAAACCCAAGUCCUUUUAACUUUGGCUUUUGAUACCAAACAAUUCAAAAGCUGGAUCUGAGUUUGGAGAAAGAUAUUUCCAACCUAAGAGGGUGUUACUUUGAAACCAGAUUUUUAACUUAAUAGCCUAUAUUUGCAAUGUGUUGGAUAGAUCUUUCUAAAGUGUGUCUUCUCAAGUGAAAAUGCAACUCUAGGCUUCAAGUACUCCUUUUCUCCGAUCCUGUGGUACUUGAAUACCUAAAAACCCUGCACUUUGAAAAAUCAUUAGUUGCUAUCUGGAACUAAACAGAACCAUGAGUAAAAUUGCCUGGAUACUUUAAAAAGAGAUUUUCCCUCCUUCAUCUCCUUUGACUCCAGGACAGACUGGAAUAUAAAUAGUGGGUCUGCAUGGAUGUUUCAGGGAUCAAGGAAGCCACCUGGGCACCUGAAUGUCAACCCUCUGGCCCACAGGUGGGUGUGGUUUGGGCAUGGGUCCAAGUGACUGUGACUGUAAUGUCUGUAACCUGAAGAAGUUGUUUUCUCUGACAAUCACCAGAUCAUCCGAAUAACAUCAAAACCAGCCCUUAUCUCAGAAGAUUGAGAUUUCUGUGGUCUCAACUUUGCUUUGGUAUAAUUCCUGACACUCCUUAACUUCUAUCAUUAUGACUUCCCCCGCAAUGUAUUAUUUCUCCAAUACAUUUCCUUUUUGUGUUCUUUUAGCACAGAUGGGCACUUUACCCCUCAGUUUGGAAGCUAGUCCCUCUCCUCUGUUACUUUUCCCUUCACCCAAGCACAGCUGUGAUCUAGAAGAUUUCAUAGUCAUCUUUCCUGCUACUACUGCCUUCAUUUCUCAAGAGUUUUUAUGAGAAUAGGUAAACCACGCAAUAACUUUCUGGGAUUGAAUCACCACCCCAGAAGAGCGAGAGGCUCCUUUCUUAUGCCUGAGGCCACACCCCUUAGCCUAUCUGACAAAACAGGGACUGGCCCAGGUGCCAGCUCCAUUCAGAAAUUCGGGAGGAGAAAAGACAGCCCUGUUGUCACACAAACCGGUGUGGGGGAGGGUGUCCUUGGGGUCUGAUCUGCAUGGCGGCCCUGGUGGCCCCUGUGGAGGACAGGCAGGGCUGGCAGCAUAGCCUUUGUUGCCACACAACCGGAAUUUGCUCCCCCACAACUGUGGGAGCCAGUGUCCCAGCUGAAAUCUUUUUAGUGUGUGACUCUGAAUGGCACUCACAUUCCAUUUUGGCUCACAUGAAGUCAACUGAAGCCCUUUGUUCAAGCUCCAGACUCUCAGGCAUAGAAAUGAGAAUGUGACUGUGGCUGUCUUACAAGAAAAUUCUUGUUUGUCCCUGAAUGAGAGCACAGAGCCAUUGAAUUUACAGAGACGCAAGCUUGCCUGGUAAAUGCGGGAGCGGCAGUUUACAGAUAGGUCAUCUUUUUCCCUUCCUCCAGGUGUCCUCGUCUUUCUUCCCCAAAUGAUUCAUUUCUGAUGAUGAUAUGAAUGCCCCUCUUGCCACUAAGGUUGUAUCUGGGCUAAAACAAGGCCGAAUUUUUAAAGAGUGUUUGAAUAUUUUAUCUGAAAAUCAAAUUGAGGCAAUAAAUUGCAUCAAUCUGGACAAUUCCAUUGCAGGAAUAAUGUGUUAAAACCAAUGGAGAGAAGCACCCACAUCUCUCCUGUGGUACUCCGUGUCCUCAGCAAUUUGAAGACAAUUGUAGGUAACUGAUUCCUGUCAAAUUAGGAUUAAGUAACUCAAAAAAGUGGUGUCAGGUUUCUUUAAUGUAUUUAUGUUAGAAGUGAGUUUAACAGACUUGAAGAAAACUGUUAUCUUUUCCUGCUGUGAGUUUACACAAAUGAUUCCAGAGCAGAAUGAAAGCAGAAAGCUGUUUGUUACAAUAUUCUUUUAACCUCUCUGCAGCGCUUUAUACUUACUGGGAACUUUAGGAGUCACCAUAAGAGUGGAAAUAUACCUGGGUUCUUUUCCUAAUGUCUCUAAUUCACAGUGGAUCGUGGGCAAAUCACCUCACUUCUCUAAGCCUGUUCCCUCCUCUUGGACCGCGUCUAAGACCACUUCAUCUAUUUACACGUCGUUUGCUUGAACGUUGCUGAACAUCUGCGUGAGCUUGGCUUUUGCAGCCCUUGCAGGUGGAAACGGCUGUGUCAGGGCUCACGGCUCACGCUGAGGGGACUUGGAGGGAGGGGGCUUCUGUAUUCUGGUGAAGACCCUUGAUCUUGUACAAAACCCUGUGUCUUUGACUGGCUUCUCUUCAGAGUCCCCAUUGUCAUAAGAUCCUUGCUGUUCUGAGGGUGGUCUUGUGACUGCAGCAGGUGCUGGUCCCUGGAACGAGGAGCCUGUCUCCAUCCUCCAGUGUGACUCAGGCAGAGCACUGAGAAUUCCCAGGGCAGAAAUCCUUCCUGCUCAGGCUUUCAUUCUAAAACCACAGCCUUCAUUAAAGCUGAACUUUCUGGGUAGCUGAGCUUAUAUGCCCGGCAUCUGAAUGAGAGCUCUCUUUGUAACUGUGUGACUUGAGAUGUGUUUUGCCAGCUCCAGGGAAACAAUACAUGUGUUCUUGUUUGUGUUUGCUAGGCAAGCAGAUGUCUGAGAUGUAAGAGGCUUUUCUUUGCCUGUGGCAUUGAUUCUGACUUAGAGUUGAAGUAAAGAUCAGUGAAACAUCACGUCAAGUUGAAGUCACUUGUAGGUCUUUGUCCUUCAGGCAGGACAGGAGAGUCAUGAGGGAGCAUUUCACUGCAGCAUUCUGUCACAGUGUCGUCUGAAAUUGUUUCCUUUGCUCAGAAAGCCUUAACUUGCUUCUAGAGAAUCCCUGGUAUUACAACAAUAUUGUGGCAUUCGAAUUCAAAUUCUUCUGUUGUGAAAAUUUGAAGCAAAGCCCCAGCAAAACCAGAGAAUUUCGUCAAGUGGCCUGUGGGCUCCUUGUCGUCUUACGCCCCCCACCCCCUCCCUCAACAAUCUGAGUGAUCCAGAA